CUCGAGACUCGUUGGCCCAUGUUUGAUCUUUCACGAUGGUUUUCGUAAAUAAGAAGGCGAACGAAAUUAAUCCCGGCGAUAGCCAAGUGACAUCAUUAACUAUAGUCAAGGCAAUAUUGGCAAUAAGAGUCUGAUUGCAGAAAGUGUAAGAUAGUGCAACUACAAGAAACGGAUGUGAACAGACGCAACAAAUAUCUCUGGACAUCUCUGGAGACCCCCGGACUCCGGAUAGCGUGCCGCUGUUUUCGUUUAAUGAGACGCCCUUCUCUGAAUUUAAUAUUUAUUAAGAAAAAAUAAGAUAUGCCAAAGGUACGACGAAGCAAGAAACCACCGCCUGACGGUUGGGAGCUGAUUGAACCGACGCUAGAGGAAUUGGAGCAAAAGAUGCGCGAAGCCGAAACGGAGCCCCACGAAGGAAAGAGGAAACAGGAAUCCCUCUGGCCGAUAUUUAAAAUCCACCAUCAAAAAUCUCGAUAUAUCUAUGACUUGUUCUACAGGAGAAAGGCGAUCAGUCGCGAAUUGUAUGACUACUGCCUGAACGAAAAUAUUGCUGACAAGAACCUGAUCGCCAAAUGGAAGAAGGUUGGCUAUGAAAAUCUGUGCUGUCUGCGCUGUAUUCAGACAAGGGAUACAAACUUUGGCACAAACUGCAUCUGCAGAGUGCCAAAGGGUAAGCUCGAGGAGGGUCGGAUAGUGGAGUGCAUACAUUGCGGUUGCAGAGGAUGCUCCGGUUGAGUGUGAAACCCCUUUAUACUCGAUAUUAACUCGCAGAACGUGAGCACUUUUCCGGAAGGUAGAGAUCAUUAUGACCGAACCGAAACGCAUUCUCGGCAGGCGCAUCAGUUUCUCGUCACCGUCCAUGAAGAUUUUGCCUUGAGGCGUGAUCAUCAGCGACGCUACUCUCUUCAAAGUAUCGUGACUACCUUGCGGAUCAUAAACUAAUGCAAUACCUUCGUCAUCAUUUCCUUCUUGCGGAACUUCUAAAAACUGUAUAUGAUAGGUAAAUUAAAAUGUAUGUACGAGAAAAAUGUGUAAAUAAAAUCUUAUUGCAUAUAA